CACAUUCACACUGAACUGGAUGCAGAGAGCUCGUGCUGAUGCUGGAUGACACUGUGGACUUAAAAUGAAUAUUCUGCCAGUACUCGUUGUUCUUUGUUUCUGUAUUGCUCACACUCAGGGUUUUAAUGUGGGGACUGCAGGACCUAAAAUCUUCUCAGGUGUUGCGGAAGAAGAGUUUGGCUACACUGUACAACAGUUAAGCAAUAAUCAAGGAAAAUGGCUGCUGGUGGGUUCACCCUGGAGCGGAUACCCUCAGAAUAGAAAAGGAAGUCUCUAUAAGUGUGACAUUAGUGCUUCCGGAGGAGCCAGCUGCCAAAAACUAAACCUUGCAGACUCUGUCAGCAUAGAUGGUGUGCAGAGCAUCAACGCCAACAUGAGUCUGGGCCUGACUCUCACUCCAUUAGCUGAACCUAAUGGAACGAUGACAUGUGGUACUCUGUGGGCUCAGCGCUGUGGCAGUCAUUACUUUUACCCAGGAGUCUGUAUUGUAGUAAACCCACAGUUUACGCUUCAGUCAUCCUUCUCUCCUGCCCUUCAAACUUGUGGUGGGCCCAUGGAUGUUGCCAUUGUUUUGGACGGAUCAAACAGUAUAUAUCCAUGGCCUGACGUUAUAAACUUUCUCAUUAAGCUUUUGGAAAAUCUUGAUAUUGGACCAGAUAAAACCAGAGUCUGUAUUAUGCAGUAUUCGGCGGAUUUGUCCUUUCAUUAUAAUUUUAGUUCUGACCAAAAUAAAGAAAAACUUCUUUCAGCAGCUUCUGUUAUUGAGCAAAAAACUGGAAUAGUAACCAACACUUUUGCAGCACUUGACAAUGUCAGACAGACAGCUUUCCUGCCAGAAAAAGGUGACCGUCCCCGUGCCACUAAGGUGUUGGUUGUGGUAACAGAUGGAGAAUCUGCUGAUGGUUAUAUAGGUCAAGAGGUCAUUGAGAGAUGCAAAAGAGAGGGCAUCAUUCGCUUUGGCAUUGCUAUUCUCAAGCAAAGUGCCGAUAUUCAAAUAUUCAUCAAGGAGAUUGAAUUGAUCGCUAGCACUCCAACAGAGAACUACAUGUUCAAUGUGUCAUCAGAGGAAGCACUAAUCAAUAUCGCAGAAUCUCUGGGGGAAAGAAUCUUUAACAUAGAGGGCACCAGUCAAGGUCAGGAAUUUCAACUGGAGAUGUCCCAAGUUGGAUUCAGCGCACACCAGACCAAUAAGAAGGAUGUGAUCAUGCUGGGUGCUGUUGGAGCGUAUGGAUGGAGCGGGACCGUCGUCCAUCAAACAGCUGAGAAAUCACAUAUUUUCCUCAAAAAUGCUUUUGAGAAAAUCCUGGAUGACAGAAACCACAGCUCACUACUUGGAUACUCUGUCACGUCUGUAAUUGAUGGCUCAUCUGAGUUUUAUGUGGCCGGUGCUCCUCGUGCUGCUCAUAUAGGACAGGUCAUAGUUUACAGUAUCAACAGCCAGAAUCAGCCGGUCAUUCAAGAUUCACAGAGAGGAGAUCAGAUCGGCUCUUAUUUUGGCAGCGUUCUCUGUUCUGUUGAUGUGGACGCUGAUGUUGUGACUGAUCUGCUGCUGGUCGGAGCUCCGAUGUAUAUGAGCGAGGAGAAAUCUGAAACCGGAAGAGUCUACCUCUUCACCAUUAACAAAGGCAAAUUAAGCAACCAGGGGAGGUUAGAGGGAUCCUCCGCAUCUGAAAAUGCUCGGUUUGGGACAGCCAUUACUGCUGUCCCCGAUCUAAACAUGGAUGGUUUCAGUGAUGUGGUGGUUGGUGCUCCACUGGAAGGCAAUGGCCAAGGUGCCGUUUACAUCUACUAUGGAGACAGAAAAACCAUCAGAAAGCAGAGCUCACAGAAAAUUGUUGGAACGAAACUGGACCCAGCACUGAAGUUCUUCGGCCGCUCUCUGGACGCCAGUGAAGAUAUGAAUGGAGACUCUAUCCCAGAUGUUGUGGUGGGGGCUUUUGGGAAAGUGGUCCAACUCUGGAGUAGGGGAGUUGCAGUCAUCCUGGCGAAGGUUUCCUUUACCCCUGACAAGAUCAGUAUCCUGAGUAAACCAUGUCACUAUAGCGGGAGGCAGGUGUCCUGCUUCAAAGCUAAAGUGUGUUUCAGAGCAACAUUUAAACCAGCAAAUCCAUUGGGGCCAGUGGAUAUCAAGUACAACUUGACCCUGGAUGCCGACCUACAGUCAUCUCGGGUCAGCCCUAGAGGUCAUUUCAGCAACUUGGAUCGAGUCGUCCAGAAAGACCUCAGCGUAUCUGUGCAGGACUUAUGUGAAGAGCAUGAUGUGUAUGUGCAGGAGACCCCCGACCUUGUCAACUCGAUUGCUUUGCGUGUGGACAUAGUUGUCAGCCAUCCAGACGCCAACCCCAUUCUGGAUGUCUUCAGUACUACUGCAUGGGAGUUUUUUAUCCCGUUCUCAAAGGACUGUGGUCAAGAUGACAUUUGCUUCAGUGACUUGGUUCUGACUGUGCAGAGUGAAGAGACACUCGGCAAAACUCAACUGGCAGUCAGCCAGAACAAGAGAAGGCUCUCCUUCACUGUGACUGUGAUGAACAGGAAGGAAAAUGCGUACAAUGCUCGAAUGUCGGCCCGCUACUCCAGUAACCUGUUCUUUGCUUCUGUUACACCACAGACUGAAGGAGCAGAGGUGAAGUGCACUCUAAUGAAAGAAUCAGACACACUUAUCUGCCAAGUUAGUUAUCCAGUGCUGAGGACGGACCAAUCGGUUACAUUUGUGGUCAACUUUGAAUUUAACUUGAAUCAGCUUCAAAAAAAUGCCAGUGUUGUCUUCGAAGCUUUAAGUGACAGCACAGAGGAAACUCCAGCUGAUAAUAAGAUCUCUGUCUCCAUUCCUGUCCAAUACAACUCUGAGAUUAUCCUCAGCAGAAAUUCAAACAUAGAUGCUUAUUUACUUGAAAAAGAUAACAAUUUCACAACCACAGUGAGGAAUUUCAAGGACAUCGGCCCAGAUUUUAACUUUAAUUUAAAGGUUUCUACAGGAACUGUCCCAGUCAGCCUGGUUUACCUCAAUGUCUCGCUGCCCAACAGCACUAGAGCAGGAAAUCCUCUCCUCUACAUAACCAGCAUUAAAACCUCACCUGCUGAAAACAUUAAAUGUUCAGGCAGUCAUCUGAUCGACCAGUUUAAUAUAACUGAAAAACCUUAUCCAGCCCGAUUCACAGAGGAGAGUUUCAGAGGAACAAAAGAAUUGAACUGCAAAACAGCCACAUGUCGCUCAGUUCAGUGUGUCCUGAAGGACCUGGAGGAGAAGAAUGAUUAUUAUGUGGAUGUAACGACAAACAUAUGGAGUGGUACAUUUGCGAUGGCUGAUUUUCUGUACACUGUCAUCUCUGUGACAGCUGAGAUAGAGACAUCUCAACCAGAGCUGCUGUUCAUCGAAAAGAAACACCUGCAGGUUAUAGUCCAAGUGAGCAACCCUGGAGCUAAAGGGGACGUUCCAGUGGGCGCCAUCAUAGGGAGCGUUAUCGGCGGUCUGUUGGUAUUGGCUCUUGCUGUCGCAUUGCUUUGGAAGCUUGGAUUCUUCAAGAGGAAUUAUCAACGGAUGAAUAAAUUGGCUGAGGGUGAAGAAGAAAACCAGGAACUGCAGGACAAAAGCGAGACACUUUAAGAAAUCUGUCGAGUCUCAUUCAGCAUUAUCACUGCUUCCUUCUCCUACAGCAUACUGGGUUUUCAAAAAAUGUCAAUUUGAUUUCAGUGCAGCAAGUGAAACAUUGGCAUCCAAAGGCCACUCAUCUCUUUUUGUGUUUUAUAUCCCUGCUUAGCUUAAAUUCUGGUAUAUCUUUUUGGCAGUCUAAACAUAUCCAUUCAUUAAGGUAGUUAGUAUUCAACUAGAUCUUUCUGACUAUUGUGACUCAGGAUCAAAGUGUGCUUUUCUCUACAUGUAGCUUUUCAAAGUAUCCUCCAUUUGAUAGCAUGUGCGAACACAGGCACUCGACACAUGCACACCACCAGAAAGAGUCAUCCUUGCUCAGUGUCUGCGCUAUUUCUCUUCUAAAGUUCUGAGUGAUACAAUGUCUAAACUAAAGCUGAGACUCUCUCUAAACUCCCCACACAAGCACUCUGUUGUAAUUGUUGCCAUCUUCAUUAGUUUGUUCUUUGUUCCUUUUCCUACUGUGCAAUGGUGGCCCAGGCCAGUUAGUUAAAAAAAGAAAAUUCAGAGCGCAUGUGCGAGUUGUACCAGGGGCGUUUGGUUCCAGGUUCUUCAGUCAACUCUGAUUCCAAACUCCUGCCAUAGGAAUUAAUGGAUCAGUGCCUCAACUCAAUUUGCUUACAAGGUUAGCAAUUAGAAUAGUCUCAAUAUUGCAGUAGUUAUAUUUCACACCACACCAAAUGUAACCUACUCUUUUUCUUUUUUUGGUGACACCAAAACCUGAAGCAAAACACUUUUUACCAUGGCUGCCCUAACCCAGUUUAAAGUUGUUAUCACCUUGAAAUGAUGAGUAUCACCAUUUCCUAGUUGUUGCCGAUACAUCGCCAUUUCAGAGUUAAAUGAAUGAGAGAGAACACAUUAGAUGUACAUUUACAUUUAAUCAUUUAGCAGACACUUUUAUCCAAAGCAACUUACAAAUCAGAACAAUAGAAGCAGUCAGGUAAACAAGAGAACAACAGAUGUACAUGUACCCUAGCAUACUCAGAAAAAAAAAAACAAAGAGAUAAAUUGGUGGCAUAUGUGUAAAUAGACCUUUGAGUCACAAACUUAUUUACGUUAUAUAACGGAUUACUAAAAUUACCAAACUCUUUCCCAAAAUUAACCAAGCAUUUUUCCCAAAUUAUAUUAGUGAAACCAAUCUAGCAAUAACAAAAUAUAAAACACAAUACAUUAAUGUUUUAUAUCAAAGCAACAAUACACUGGUAAAGUAGGCUGUGUCAGCCAAGUUUGUUUCUCUAAAUUUGCUAAAAAUAGUAAUCAGUGCCAAUGCAACACAUCAGUGAAAUGGACUGAUACUUCAUGUGAAAAACAAAAAAACAUUAUUGUGACCAUUUGCACAAAUUAAUCAAGUUAGUAAUAUGACAUUAAAUCUUACAUUAACAAAUAAUGUAUGAUUUAUAUAUUGUAAUAUAUAAUAUAAAUUAAAAAAGUGUUUUUGCAUUGUUGCUUAUUACUAACUUGUCAUUUAUAAACGUUAACAUUUAUUUAUAUUAUCAGUAAUUCACAUACAUACGAAUGUUAAAGGACAUUUCAAACUGUUUGACUGUGCAUUAACAAAUGAUGUAAGCAUUAUACAAUGCAGUCAAAAAGUCUGAAAUGUUAAACCUAUUUGCAUGUAUAUGAAUUUUAUAUGAAAGUGAUGUCAAUAAAUUGCUAUAUGAAUUCAGGGUUAAAAACUACUACUGAUGUGAUAUGAGACGUGUUUACGAAACCUUUGGAGAAGAGAUCCAUCUAAUCAAAGGCAACAUAAACGACAAAGAUUUCCCUUCAUGUUUACAUGAUGCUUUUGCACUGGUACUUUAAAACGGUCUGUUUCCAGACAAAAGUAGAAUAUGCUCUUUUGAUUAAAUUUUUUUAAUGUGUUUCAUCAGGUGUUACAGGAAAACUUUGAGCUUUGUAUUUUUUCAAUAAAAACCUCUUGAUGCUU